AGCAAGCUGCGUUUUAUAUUGACCUCUUGCUGGUUUGUGAAUACGUAUUUUAUUUUUAACAAACAUUUAACUGUAAUAUAUUAAUAAUUGUGCAAAAAGAAGUAUUGUUUGUUAUUCACAAUUUUUAAAAAAUAAACUGAAUAAAUAUAUUGCUCAGUUAUUCUCGAUACAUUCUGUAAAGGAAGAAUAUAAUUCUUUACAUUCUUACAAUUAGAAUAUAUAAAGAAAAGCAGAAUGAAGGCUUUCGUGCUUAUUAUAUGUUCGCUAAUCACGGUCGUUUAUGCAGCUGAUAUUAAACUUAAAACUGUUACUUCAGUCUUAAAAAAAUGUGUAAACCCGGAAAAUUUGCCAGAGGAUAAAAUUGAUGUAGAAGAGGUUAAAAAACGUUCUGAUAUUCUUCCUUGUUUAUUUAAAAAUUUGGGCAUGAUUGACGAAAAUGGUGCACUGAUGGAUGAAAAGGUUCUUGAAUUUUGUGAAACUGUUGUAAAAAACAUUGACGGUUCUUGCGAUAAGAUAGCCGCUAAAUGCUUUGAGGAAGAAAAUCAAAGUUUAAAAUCCGACAGCGAGAAAACCCAAGCUAAACUGAACUGUAUAAGGACAUCUGACACCAAUUUCUCAUUCAAUUUAUUAUUCUUAACGGUAUACAUAAUAAGACCAAAACUAGAUAGUAAAUAAUAUAAAAGAAAAUUUUGUUACAUAAAGAUUUGUCGAAAGUAUCAAUGCAGUUGAUAAUUUAUUUUAUGCCAAUUUAAAAAGUGAAAUAAUUCGAUUUUGUUAUAGUUCUAUAUUAUGUUUACAAUUAGCACUUAAAAUUAAUAUGUUAACAAUAAAAUAUAGUGCACAACGUUA